AGGACCUAUCACAUCGUUGAGUUGCGAAUAGCGGGCAUCCACGUUUUAUUUGACUUGGUAUCUCGACCGCAUUUGUCCUGUUACCUGCUCGUCACUAUUCGAUACUCUCUUGACAGACUUGUAUUUCAAUGGCUAAGUCUUUUGAGAGAGUCACGAAGUAUAAGUUCCAGAAAUUCCUGCAGGAGAAGGCGGUGCGGGAUAAAAGUUGUGAACGUGUAGGAUUAAUGAAAGAAUUGGAUAAUUAUCAAACACGGAACGAGCUGUUGGAAGAUGUCAACGAGCGCUUGUAUUAUGUUAUUACAAAUGUUGCAGAGGAGUAUCAGCAGAUAGAACUGGAAGCGUUUAGAAAUAUUAAUAAUGUUAUAAUUGUGCUAAGAAUCCUAAGAAAUGUUUCUCUAAUCGAGUCUGAGAAUCUAGACUGUAAA